CAAAAGCAGGCGUGCUGUGGAAAAAUGAGUUAAAGGUUGCCCACACUGCCCAAGCGGACGUCACGAGUACGCUUAUUUGAUGUAAAGAAAGUCAUUUUGGAGACAAUUCAUCCGGGCGCCGAGCUGUAUUUACUCAGGAAUCAUGACGAGGAAGAUCCAGGGAGCUUGUAGGUUAUGUCUGCAUCAUGUUGCUCUUCCCCAAAGAAAUGCCGGACCAUCGCUGCAGCGCUCCAGAAGCUUUAGUGCACUCAGGGAAGGAAGACGCAGGGGUUUGCUGUGGAAGACGCUUGCCGCCGUCGCCGUGGGUGCGCCCGUGGCGGCGGGCGUGCGCUACGCCGUGUCGGACCAGAGAGAGCGCCGGAAAAUGCGGAUAGUGACUGAAGGAUUUGGCCGAUUCUGCAGGUCACUGUCUGUGGGAUUUGUGAUAUCGGUCGACUACUGGUGGACCACCAAUGUGGCUCUUCGGGGUCUGGAUGAGAGCAGCCCAUCCUACGCGUCGGCGAUGUCUGCUUGUCACCAGAGAGCAGCGGAGAGCAUGGUGGAGGCCGCCAUCAAGAACGGCGGCAUAUACAUCAAACUGGGUCAAGGGCUGUGCUCCUUCAACCACCUCCUGCCGCCCGAGUACAUCCGCACGCUGCAGGUCCUGGAGGACAGGGCGUUAAAUCGGAGAUACAAAGAGGUGGACGCUCUUUUCCAAGAAGACUUCAACAAAACCCCGCAGGAGAUUUUUAAAACCUUCGACUAUGAGCCCAUAGCUGCCGCCAGCCUGGCUCAGGUUCACAAGGCCAAACUGCAGGACGGGACCUCCGUCGCUGUGAAGGUGCAGUACAUUGACCUCAGGGACCGCUUCGACGGCGACAUCAGGACGUUGGAGAUCCUGCUGGACAUGGUCAAGUUCAUGCACCCGAGCUUUGGAUUCCGAUGGGUCCUCAAGGACCUGAAGGGGACUCUGGCUCAAGAGCUGGACUUCGAGAACGAGGCCAGGAACUCGGAGAGGUGCGCUGAGGAGCUGAAACACUUCAAGUUCAUCGUGGUGCCCAAAGUGUUUUGGGAGCAAACCAGUAAGAGAGUGCUGACCGCAGAGUUUUGCACCGGUUGUAAGAUCAACAAUGUGGAAGAAAUCAAAAGACAAGGACUGAGCUUGAAAGACACUGCAGACAAGCUGAUCCGAGCGUUUGCCGAGCAAAUAUUCUACACGGGUUUCAUCCAUGCUGAUCCGCAUCCUGGGAACGUUCUAGUGCGGCGUGGGCCAGACAACAAGGCGGAGUUGGUGCUUUUGGAUCACGGCUUGUACGAAUACCUCAGCCAGCAUGAUCGUGUGGCUUUGUGUAAGCUAUGGAGGUCCAUAGUCCUACGAGAUGAGGCAGCAAUGGAACUCUACUCUAACGCCUUAGGGGUCAAAGAGUACUUCCUAUUCUGCGAGAUGCUGCUGCAGCGGCCCAUCAAUAUGCGGGAGUUGCGGCUGUCCAACAUCCUGAGUCGAGAGGAGACGGCUUACAUGCGCCAAAUGGCUAUCAACCGCUUUAACAGCGUCAUGCAGGUGCUCAAGUCCAUGCCCCGGCCCAUGCUGCUGGUCUUCCGCAACAUCAACACGGUCCGGAGCAUCAACAUCACUCUAGGAGCGCCCGUCGACCGCUACUUCGUCAUGGCCAAGAGCGCUGUGCGAUGCUGGGGGAAGAUCCAGGCAGAGAAGACCAGCGUGCUGCAUAGAUUCUGGGUUGUCCGCUGGCUGUGGACGAGAUGGGAAGGCCUCAAGUUCGAGCUCGCUCUGAGAUCAGAGAUGGCGAUGAUGGGAGUGACCCGCUCCUUGGUUAACCUGCUGAGCUACUUGGGUCUCAUCUCGCUGGAUUCUGACAUGUACGAGUACCUGACAUAGUGCUCGGCUCUCCUACCUCACGGCCUGGACCUCCCACCCGGCAAUCGGGACCUCGCAGCUCACUAAUCAAAACGAACUGGGUGGAAGAGUGGGACAACAUGUUGCAGUUUCUAAUGUCUGCUUACAUUACCCGUACCACUCUCAACGCUUUAAAGUAACUAUUUUGCGAGAUUUUAAAAGCCUACUGCAAUGGCUGUAUUUAAGGAAAUUACACCUAGGUUUUUAAAUAUUAAUUUUAAGCUGCUGCUAUUUAAAAGCAAAAAAAAAAAAUUGUCAUACAUUGAGAUGAAUGCCAUUGCCGAAGUUAGUUUCACGAAUUAUGCCAGUUUGUGAUUUCACGUGUGUGCGAGGGGGUUUUUCCUGUUUGCAAUUCGGGUCCAUUUUCUAUUGAAGAAAAUCUCAGAAGGUUAAAGCAACAACCAAAAUGUUAAACAAAUUAUUCUACCUCCUCUUUUCAGCCUUUGUCACAAUUUAAGAUGAUGAACAAAUGAGAAU